AUGCCGUCCCCCAAGCAGAGAAAGAUCGCCAUUGUCGGCAGCCGGUCUGUUGGCAAAUCGUCCCUAGCGGUGCGCUUCGUAGACGGACACUUCGUCGACAGCUACUACCCGACAAUCGAGAACACGUUUAGCAAGACCAUCCGAUACAAGGGACAAGACUUCUCAACCGAGAUUGUCGACACGGCUGGGCAAGACGAGUACAGCAUCCUCAACUCGAAGCACUUCAUCGGUAUCCAUGGCUACAUGCUCGUAUACUCGGUGUCUUCGCUACCCUCGUUUGAGAUGGUGCAAGUCAUCCGCGAAAAGAUUCUGAGCCACCUGGGCACCGAGUCCGUUCCCAUCGUCAUUGUCGGCAACAAGAGCGAUCUCCGUCCCGAGCAGCGCCAAGUCACCCCGGAGGAUGGCCAGAAGGUAUCGGAAAAGAUCCAGUGCGGAUGGACCGAAGCGAGUGCACGAUAUAACGAGAACGUCAGCAAGGCUUUUGAGCUGUUGAUUGCCCAGAUCGAGAAGUCGCAGAACCCCGGCGAGGCCCCCGAAAAGGGCAACUGCCAUCUCAUGUAG